UGACGCUCACACGUGACUUUGUUGCGUUUUGUAAGACUCAGCUUUGAUAAUUGAAUAACAGGCGGCUCGGUCAAGCAGUCUGUGACACGCUACUCUGCACGCACUGGUCACUUCAGCGGAUUAAAAAAGGGAAAACCACUGUACUGUCCGCUAGUGGGCUAACGCUAGCUGACUCACUAUGUUUCCAGCUAGCAGAUAUUCCAGUCAAGCCCACAGGUGCAUCAGGGCAUUGAAAACGGCUCAAACGGAGCAUGCUGCACCUCAACUGUACACAACACUACACAGAAGAGCAUGCUCCUCCUUGCCAGCAGCACCCCGCAUCACUACACACUACUCUAUCCACCCCCGGGAUAAAGACCCACGAUGGGAAGGAGUCGAAAUGGAGAGGUUUGCAGACGAGGCAGAUGUGGUGAUAGUAGGUGGAGGCCCUGCUGGUCUUUCCGCGGCCAUCCGCCUGAAGCAGCUGGCUAAUGAACAUGAGAAGGAGCUGCGAGUGUGUCUUGUGGAGAAGGCCUCUCAGAUUGGAGCACACACUCUGUCAGGAGCUUGCCUGGAGCCCAGUGCACUUUCGGAGCUCUUCCAUGAUUGGAAGGAACGAGGAGCACCGUUGACCACUCCAGUGACUGAAGAUAUAUUCAACAUUUUAACAGAAAAACACAGAAUCCCCGUCCCCAUCCUUCCAGGUCUGCCCAUGAGGAACCACGGUAACUACAUAGUGAGGCUGGGGAACUUGGUACGGUGGCUGGGGGAACAGGCUGAGGAGCUUGGAGUGGAGCUUUACCCUGGUUAUGCUGCGUCUGAGGUUUUGUUUCAUGAAGAUGGAAGUGUGAAGGGAAUUGCCACCAAUGAUGUAGGCAUUGCCAAGGAUGGCUCACCAAAGGAUGUGUUUGAGAGGGGAAUGGAGCUCCAUGCCAAAGUCACAUUGUUUGGUGAGGGCUGUCACGGUCACUUGGCCAAGCAGCUUUACAAGCAAUUCAACCUGCGAGAGAACUGUGAACCCCAGACCUAUGCCAUCGGACUCAAGGAGAUUUGGACCAUUGAUGAGAAGAAGUGGAGGCCAGGUAGAGUGGAGCAUUCUGUGGGUUGGCCCCUGAACAGAAACACAUAUGGAGGAUCAUUCCUGUAUCACCUGAAUGAAGGAGAACCACUUGUGGCACUGGGCUUUGUGGUUGGACUAGACUACUCCAAUCCUUACCUGAGCCCCUUUAGAGAAUUCCAGCGCUGGAAACACCAUCCAUUUGUUGCACCCACUCUGGAGGGAGGCCAUCGCAUCGCAUAUGGGGCCAGGGCUCUGAACGAGGGAGGAUUUCAGUCUAUACCAAAGCUGACGUUCCCCGGAGGGCUGCUUAUUGGCUGCAGCCCUGGUUUCAUGAACGUCCCAAAGAUCAAAGGCACACACACGGCUAUGAAGAGUGGAAUGCUGGCUGCCGAGGCCAUUUUCCCCAAGGUGACCGCAGAAAGCCUGGAUUCAGAGACCACAGGAAUCCAUGUGCCUGAGUAUGCUGAGAACCUGAAGAAUUCGUGGGUGUGGAAGGAGCUGUAUGCGGUCAGAAACAUCAGGCCGUCCUUCCACAACUACUUUGGCCUGUACGGUGGCAUGGUCUACACUGGAAUCUUCUACUGGAUCUUCAGAGGAAAAGAGCCGUGGACGCUAAAGCACUGCGGUCUUGACGCAAACCAGCUGAAACCGGCAAAAGAUUGUACGCCGAUUGACUAUCCCAAGCCGGAUGGCAAGAUAAGCUUUGACCUGCUCUCCUCUGUGGCCCUGAGUGGCACCAAUCAUGAGGGCGACCAACCCGCUCAUCUGACCCUAAAGGACGACGAUGUUCCAGUUGCCAGGAAUUUGUCUGUGUACGACGGGCCUGAGCAGCGCUUCUGCCCCGCAGGUGUGUACGAGUAUGUUCCCAUGGAAACGGGAGACGGGAUGAGAUUGCAGAUUAACGCUCAGAACUGUGUCCACUGUAAAACCUGCGAUAUCAAGGACCCGAGCCAAAACAUCAACUGGGUGGUGCCCGAAGGUGGCGGCGGACCAGCCUACAACGGAAUGUGAACCUCAGGAUCCUGUUUUUCUUUGUUUGUUGUUGUUUCUAAAACCGUUUGUCUUGAAGAAUUAACUGUAAGUACGAUCACGGUUCACACAUUUUUGUCCAAAAAUGGAGAACGAGCCCCAACAACAGAACCGAAAACAACGUACGCGUCGUCACUUAUGAAGGUUUAUGAUAGUGAAAGAAAUCAAAUCAGAGAGUCGCAUUUUAUCGUAGUUAUUAAUUAUUUAAUUAUGCAGUGGUAAAUAGAGCUAGUUUAAAAUUUGCCAUUCGCUAUCAAGGACCGCAAUAAAACUGAAAUUAAAGCAAAAGUCGUCAACAAUUAGCCCCUGGGGUGUUUAGAUUAUUGCCAUAAUAACCACAACAUGGGCAUUUUAAACAGUUAUUGAUUUAAGGAAGUACUUGACAAACUGUAACAGACUAUUUCUUUAAGAGUUUUUCUAUAUAUGGUUGAUUUGAGGGGUGUACACAUCAAUACUGACACAAGUGGUUGAACUAGGUACAGUACCUGUGGUAUUAAACGAUAAAACAGUAUAUUUAGUUUGCUGAAAGCAGUGUUUACAUGGAGCCUGACGUUGCCUUACAUGUAUAAGAUCAUGGUCUUUCCCAUGUAGGAGAGCAUACAACUUAUCAAACACUGGUAUUGAUCAGUCCGCCGUUUGGACUGAUGAUAAAACUGCAAACCCCGGAGUCUGUGUCGACGCCGUCUGUCGUUAUUUUAAAAACACUAUUGUACGACAUAUCACACAUUACAGUAAUGAAUGAACACUUGA